GCCAACGAGGCGUCCCAUUAGCGGCUGGGGUCCCCGAGGCGCGGCAGAACACCCUGGCAGAGAGAUUCGCACACGGAUUCGCCGGUGACUUUGCAAAGAAUCUCCCGACGAGCGAAUUCCUGGGGAGUUUUUCAGGAAGGCAGAAGAGGCAGGUUGCCGUCACCUCCGCCAUCGAGGGAAUUCUCAGUACCCAUUACGGGGGCGAACCGGCGACUCCACACCUCCAGGCUCUUCUCACGCGUAACUCCCUUGCUCGACCUGCAAGACAGUCGCCGAGUUCCCCCUCAUCCCCUUCGUUCUCUGCUUCUUCUUCUCCUUCUUCUCCUCCUCCUUCGUCUGAUAGACCUCCGGCUCCCGUUCGUUCCAAUUUCCAGUCUCCUCCCCGGUCUUCUUUUUCUGCGCCCUUGUCGUCCUCGUCCUCGCCCUCAUCCUUUCGGCCGGUGAACAGACCUCCUUCCUCGAGGCCCGAUCGCCAACAGGCUCCUAGACCCCAGCAAGCAUCCUUCCGUCCUUCCCCACCAGCACGUUCUCAGUUCUCCCCACCACGCAGAGAAUCCUUUGCUCCUCCACGCCCCUUCCCCACCUUCCAAGAGGCUUCUUCACGCACCACCCCCGAGAACCCUUUCCCCUCAUCAACCUUCGCAGGACAGCAGUUCGAAACCCUGUUUACGGGCUUCGACAGCUUUGAGUCGGCCCGACUUCCCCGGCAGAAGCGCGACGUGACCGCGCGGCAGGACGUGUCUUCUCAACUCUCCGGGAUCUUGACUUCUCCUUGGGAAGGUUCGGUCCCGAGCUCAAUCAGUAGCCUCCUUAACCGUAACAACAGAUUCCCCCGAAACCCAAACGUAGACUCUAAACCUCCUAGUAGCAGUAGCCCAGUAGUUGAACAACCCAACAGACAAGCACAGUCGAGCCCAGCGUCCUUCUCGCUUCCAUUCAGAAUACCCAAUUUUUUCGAAGUGUUGGGCAUGAGAAGGAGAAGCUUGGACGUGGCUCAAGAGAGACAGGGCAUCGCUGACACGUUAGAAGGCUUCCUAACCAGUCCUUACCAAGGUUCGAUUCCCACGUCAAUAGACAGCUUAUUUAGAAGCAAUAAGAACCGCUUUGUACGCAAAACCCAACCCCAGCCUGUAGCACACCCACGCCCCUCUCCCGUAGCCUCUGACGAUCCCUCCCAGGCAGCUGUCCGCCUCUUCCCCAACAAUGCCAACACCGGGUUCCACGUAAAUGUCCCAUCAGGACACUUUCGGUUUCAGCAUCACAGCCGCAGAAAGAGAGACCUUGAGGACGCGAGCGAAGACCUGCAGCAGUCAGCCUCAGGGCGGCGCUUUAGACUUCGUCCAAGGCCAGGUCCCCCUCGACGUAGCCCGCACAAUAGAGGAAGGGCGUCUCGUCAGUCAAAGAGGCCACACCAUUUCAAAAAGCCUGAAGCCGAAAGGCCUAAUUUCAAUGAAUUUGAUGAUGAAAUCAUUUACGAUUCUAGUGACGAACUGCUCGAUUUCUCUGAAUUCGAGGGCUUUCCUUCGGCCAAUUUUUUAGACAAUUUUAAUGCCCCUUUCCCUAGCGAAGAUUUCGAGAGCGAGGAGCUUCCAUUCGAGGCUUCUGGCGUCCGAGAGCAGGUCAGACCAGCUCUAAAAAAACCCUCGAAUCGUCCCACUCGCUUAAGCCGCCCCCUUCCGAGACGACCCCCUCCCCGACGACCCUCCUCUUCAGGACGACAACGCUCCCCUGUAGGACGACCCUCUCCCCUAGAACCCUCCCCGGGCUUACGGCCUGGACCCUCCCCCCGCCCACAUCCUCCCCCCUCCAACUCGGUCCGCGCCCCCAGACACAUCCUCCUCCGGAACCGCCUCAUGCCCAAACUCACGCGCCAGCAGGAUAUCCCCAUAGUCCGAAGGAGCCUCCAAGUAGCUCAGCGCCGACAGUCCGAUCAGUCAGUCACUUCCGAUGUGGCCGAAGCAAGGGAGGACAGCGCCGGUUUUAUAGUCGGAAAACCAGAUAAUUUCCCACUAUUCUCGGCCAUCGGAGGCUUCGGUCCCAUGCAAGACAUCGAGAAAGGAGACUCCGCCUCGAGCUUCGUCCCGGCGUUCAGCAUCCCGACGAUGAACAUCCCCGACAUCCCCGACCAGCAUCCGCAGUUCGAGUUCCCGCAGUUCGCCCAGCAGAGUCGCGCCCCGCCCGCGUCGCUCCCGCCGGGCGGCCGGCGAGCCCGCCGCCCUGGCCCCGUCCGACGUCCCGCACAAGCGCGUGCACCGGGUGGGCGCGGAGGACCCGCUUCCCCACAGCCGAAACCCCCGAGAGUUCAGGGUCAUCCACGACAGCGCGCCGAUGCCCUCCGAGCCGCCCUUCCGCUUCGAGUCCUUCCCGACGUUCGAGUUCCCCGAAUUCCACUCCGAGAGGAUCACUCCGGAGAACACUCCCGCGAGCCUCGGCGACCGCAGCUUCUCUCCCGCCCACCAGUUCCCGCCGAGCAGAGGGGGCGCUAGCAGGAGAGUCGAGGCGCCCCUCGAGGACGCCCACACCGACGACCAGCGCUUCAUCCCCACCAUCCACCCCCACUCGCUCCCCUCACACCACCAGCCCUUCUUCCCGUCGCCGCCGCUGCCGCCUCGCACUCCGGGCCCCA